CUGUGUAUCAGGCCAAGUCUGCCUUAUGGUGGCCAUUAAUUCAUUUUCUGCUCCUGCUGCCUUAGUUGGGAUAUAGAAGUGAGAAACACUCAGAAAUACCCUUUUGGGCCACAACCGAGAGAGAACCACUGUCUUUUCUCCCAGUAGUAGCGAGGUCAGAAUACAUUUAUUUUGAUUUAGAUUGCAACAUAUAUGUACAUACACACACACACACACACACACACACACAAUUUCAAUUCACCCCCUUCCCCGUAAGUGAAUGUAUAAUAAAUUAAUGUGAACUCACUGAACACUGCUCGGUUUUGGUGAGAGAAUAUACCUGGCCUCUUUCAAGCAAAGGAAAGCCAUGUAAAACAGUGCUGCUGUCAGCCUUACUUCCAGACAAUCAGUUAAUUUACUACGUCUCAAUGACCUGUUUUUUUUUUAAUCUGUUAUAUUUUCUUCCUUGGGCUAAAUCAGAUAUUCGCAUAGCCCCCAAAGUAGUAAUUGGAUAGUCUGGGGGGGCGGGAAAUCUGCAUUUUAGUUGUGAAAACCCCUGUAUUGGCUUGCUUUGUGGAAAAUUUUCCUCAUGGGGUGAAGUCUAAGCCUUAGUUUCUGUAUUAAUCAUGAGAGAUGACACUAGGUGCUUAGCACAAGGUGGCGCCAAUGAGCUUUAGAAGAAGUUGGGCUUGACCACUUGGGCCUUUUUUUUCCUGCUUCCUCCCCUCAAUCUCACCUCCCUGGCUUCCAGCUUCUACUGAACAAGGCAGAAAAUCCACUCUAUUAUUGCAGAGAAAGGGAAGGAUUAACGAAAGAUCUUAAGUUUCUUAAGACGUCAGCACUGGUGAAACUCUCCUAAAACAGGAAUGGCGUUUGCCGAGUUUUCUCUGGGGUCUCUGCUUCCUGCAGCUAGCUUCCCUGCUUGACUGCUCAGAAGGCCUCUGCCUUGGGGUUUCCAUCUCUUUCCCUUCCAGGGGAGCCUACAGCCUAGGCUGGAGGUGGUUAAGGAUUCUGGCUGCUGUGCAAUGGGGCCAUCUGUGUUUGAUCAAUCCUGGCGGGAAGGAGGGGGUGGGGGUUGUAAAGAGACUGAAAGCAUUCCAGAGUAGUGAGAGAGAUCCAGAGAUCAGGAGAGAAGGCCCCGCCCCCACCCCGCCUCCAAAGCUAACCCUCUGGCUUGAGGGGAAGAGACUGGCUGCACGUUCCUUCCACUCUCGGAGCUGCCAUGGGGCCCAGCACCCCUCUCCUCAUCUUGUUCCUUUUGUCAUGGUCGGGACCCCUUCAAGGACAGCAGCACCACCUUGUGGAGUACAUGGAACGCCGACUAGCUGCUUUAGAGGAACGGCUGGCCCAGUGCCAGGACCAGAGUAGUCGGCAUGCUGCUGAGCUGCGGGACUUCAAGAACAAGAUGCUGCCACUGCUGGAGGUGGCAGAGAAGGAGCGGGAGGCGCUCAGAACUGAGGCUGACACCAUCUCCGGGAGAGUGGACCGUCUGGAGCGGGAGGUGGACUAUCUGGAGACCCAGAGCCCAGCUCUGCCCUGUGUAGAGCUUGAUGAGAAGGUGACUGGAGGCCCUGGGACAAAAGGCAAGGGAAGAAGAAAUGAGAAGUACGAUAUGGUGACAGACUGUGGCUACACAAUCUCUCAAGUGAGAUCAAUGAAGAUUCUGAAGCGAUUUGGUGGCCCAGCUGGUCUAUGGACCAAGGAUCCACUGGGGCAAACAGAGAAGAUCUAUGUGUUAGAUGGGACACAGAAUGACACAGCCUUUGUCUUUCCAAGGCUGCGUGACUUCACCCUUGCCAUGGCUGCCCGGAAAGCUUCCCGAGUCCGGGUGCCCUUCCCCUGGGUAGGCACAGGGCAGCUGGUAUAUGGUGGCUUUCUUUAUUUUGCCCGGAGGCCUCCUGGAGGACCUGGCGGGGGUGGUGAGACGGAGAACACUUUGCAGCUCAUCAAAUUCCACCUGGCAAACCGAACAGUGGUGGACAGCUCCGUAUUCCCAGCAGAGGGGUUGAUCCCCCCGUACGGCCUGACAGCAGACACCUACAUUGACCUGGCAGCUGAUGAGGAAGGCCUUUGGGCUGUCUAUGCCACCCGGGAGGAUGACAGGCACUUGUGUCUGGCCAAGUUAGAUCCACAGACACUGGACACAGAGCAGCAAUGGGACACACCAUGUCCCAGAGAGAAUGCUGAGGCUGCCUUUGUCAUCUGUGGGACCCUAUACGUCGUCUAUAACACCCGUCCUGCCAGUCGGGCCCGCAUCCAGUGCUCCUUUGAUGCCAGUGGCACCCUGACCCCUGAACGGGCAGCACUCCCUUAUUUUCCCCGCAGAUAUGGUGCUCAUGCCAGCCUCCGCUAUAACCCCCGCGAACGCCAGCUCUAUGCCUGGGAUGAUGGCUACCAGAUUGUCUAUAAGCUGGAGAUGAGGAAGAAAGAGGAGGAGGUUUGAGGAGCUAGCCGUGUUUUUUUGCAUCUUUCUCCCAUACAUUUAUAUUAUAUCCCCACUAAAUUUCCUGUUCCUCAUUCUUCAAAUGUGGGCCAGUUGUGGCUCAACUCCCCUCUAUGUUUACCAAUGGCAAUCAAAUUCUUACAGCUCAUUUGUUUCAUACAGAACUCCAGACCCGGAGUAACCCUUUUAGCCCUAAAAGAGUCAAAAGCCUCAACGUUCACUCCUGUUCUCCUGGCCCAUGUCAAGAAAUUUCAGGCUAAGGGUGACCCAGACCCAGAGUGCUGACCUUGUAUGGGGCAGGCCCAGGGAGCAGGCAGCAGUGUUCUUGCCCUCAGAGGGACUUGGGGAGAGAGGGCUAGGAGAUGUCCAGCUCUGCCCUCUCUUCCUCGCUCCUCCCUUCAGUGUCCUGAGGAACAGGACUCUCUCCACAUUAUUUUGUAUUGCAACAUUUUGCAUUAAAAGGUAAAUCCACUACU